AUGUCCAUCAAGUCUGUUCUUGAAAACCGCAGACUCGUGCUAGACGGGGCGAUGGGCACCCAGCUCGAGGAGAUCAUUCCUCCUUCGUCGCCAAUGUACGUGAAGGGCUCUCCAUUAUGGUCGACUGAGGUGCUUCUUGGGGACCCACUGAUUAUAGAAAAGGUUCACCUGAGCUACCUUGAGAAAGGGGCUGAUGUUAUUAUUACUUCCACGUACCAGGCGUCUCAAGCGACGCUUUUGAAACAUAGAAACAUGGGGUUGGAGGAAGCUAGGGAGGUGUGGAGGAGAUCAGUUCAAACAGCAAAGGCUGCUAUAGAUAACUUUGGAUCUACGAAAAAACUUUAUGUUGCAGGCUCAGUGGGGCCUUAUGGAGCUUACUUGGCUAAUGGCGCCGAGUAUAGUGGAGAGUAUGGGGAUUUUGGCGUGGAGGAGUUGGUGAAGUACCACCAGGAACAGGUUUCCUUCUUUUUGAACGAUAAAGAUACAGACUUGAUAGCCUUCGAGACGAUUCCCAACAUUUCAGAGGUAAAGGCGAUAUUUGAGCUCGUCAAGGCCACUUACACUGAAAAGUCCAAGGACUUCUAUGUCUGUUUCUCGUGCAAGGAUAGUACCACUCUUGCUGACGGCACAGAUUUAAAGGACGUGAUAGCUUACGUCAUUGACCAAAGAAGCAAGUUUCCAGCCAUUGACGCGUCUCUCAUUGGCGUCGGCUGCAAUUGCGUGGACUUUGAGUUGGUUUCCGACUUUGCAGACUACGUAAACAAAGCAUCCAACAACUCCUUGUUCUUGGCAGUUUACCCCAACCUCGGCUUCAGCAACGACAUGUCUGAUGUCAGCCAAUACGGAUUCAAAUCAGAUACAGAAAAGUGGAAACAGGCAUUGGAGCAAUGGUGUACUAACUCAUCUAUUCGACUUAUUGGCAGCUGCUGUAGCACUGGUCCUAACGAGAUCGGUGUAGCAAGAGCAGUGGUCGACGAGUCUACAGGUAAGUAA